AUGAAAACCAUUCUCUUUGUUUUCUUUUGUGCUCUUAUUGCGGUUUCCCUCGCAAAACCACAAGUAUCCUACGGGAAAAAUGGACCUGCUAAACUUCACAAAGCUCGUGGAGAUGAUGGAGACGGUGGUGGAGGAUAUGGAGAUGGAACUGGAGGACUCAAAUUGAAUGGAGAUGACGGUAGCCAUGAAAAUGGAGAGCCAGUUGCGGUCACUGGAGGACCAAUUCAUUUGGAUGAAGAAGAAAUUGGAGUACCAUUUGCUAUUACCGGUGCUCCAAAGCUCCAACUCUCCGGAGAUGACAAAUCGGAUAACGGGGAACCAGUUGUUGCUACCGGGGAGCCAAAACACAUUGUCGUCUACAAAGUGUCUUCAGGAGUUGUUCAGAAGAAAAAACAGGGAAAAUCCAUUGCUCAUUACUCUCGCAACGGACCACAUGUACUUGUUGCAAGACUUUAA